AUGAGAGCUGCUUUCGGUGCAAAGCUAACACGCAAGCCUGAGCCAGGGUCACGCAGCCUUGCCAACAAAUCUGAGAAUGAAGUACGAAAUCUUAUAAAAUCACGAAUCACGAAUCGGUCUGGCAAGCGUCAAGAUGAAAGAGACAGUCACGAGUUGAAUUCAGGCAGUCAGCCUAACAAUCACGCGUCACCAGCCCCAGGCACCAAGCACAAACGCCAAGCCACGAGCACCAAGAGUGAAGCGCUACCUGACCACGAAUGUAAGAAGAAGGCAACCGAUCUUGCGCCGAAAAUCACGAAUCGUGAAUGUGGAUUUCUGUGA